CAUAAUCCCAAUCCUCUCCCUCCUUCUCACACCAUUUAAUCCCCGCCAGGACUGGCACUCCGAGCCCAGAUCUGCGGUGUGUGCCCUGCUGCCACCAUCGCUUAACCCCUUUGUGGCCGGACCUCCCUGAUCUGCCCUGCUGCACCUUCCCGAGUGGCUGCAGAACACCCUGGUGAUGGGGGACAAAGGAACCAGAGUGUUUAAGAAAGCAAGUCCAAAUGGGAAGCUCACGGUGUACCUGGGCAAGAGGGACUUUGUUGAUCACAUCGAUGUUGUGGAUCCCGUAGAUGGAGUAGUGUUGGUGGACCCUGAAUAUCUGAAAGAACGCAAAGUGUUUGUGACGUUGACCUGUGCUUUUCGCUACGGCCGUGAGGACCUGGAUGUUCUUGGCCUGACGUUCCGAAAAGAUCUUUUUGUAGCCAACAUUCAGGCUUUCCCACCCAUCCCAGAAGAACAGAAGCCUCUAACAAGACUGCAGGAGCGUCUGAUCAAAAAACUUGGUGAACAUGCCUACCCGUUCACCUUCGAGAUCCCUCCAAACCUACCUUGCUCAGUGACUCUUCAGCCUGGACCAGAGGACACAGGAAAGGCCUGUGGCGUGGACUACGAAGUGAAAGCGUUUUGUGCAGAAAACCUGGAAGAGAAGAUCCACAAACGGAAUUCAGUGCGUUUAGUGAUCAGAAAGGUUCAGUAUGCACCAGAGAGGCCAGGUCCGCAGCCGAUGGCUGAGACAACGAGACAGUUCCUUAUGUCUGAUAAACCGUUACAUCUGGAAGCGUCUCUGGAUAAAGAGAUUUACUAUCAUGGAGAACCUAUUAACGUCAAUGUCCACGUUACAAACAACACAAACAAGACUGUGAAAAAGAUAAAAAUUUCAGUGCGCCAGUAUGCAGAUAUUUGCCUCUUCAACACCGCCCAGUACAAGUGUCCCGUUGCGAUAGAAGAAGCAGACAAUGAUGUUGUUGCUCCGAGCUCCACGUUUUGUAAGGUCUACACGCUGACUCCGUUUCUCGCCAAUAACCGUGAGAAGCGCGGCCUGGCGUUGGACGGGAAGCUAAAGCACGAGGACACAAACCUGGCGUCCAGCACACUGUUAAGAGACGGUGCCAACAAGGAGAUCCUAGGAAUUAUUGUGUCCUAUAAAGUCAAAGUAAAGCUGGUUGUUUCUCGAGGAGGCCUUCUGGGAGACCUUGCGUCAAGUGAUGUUGCUGUAGAACUUCCUUUUACGUUGAUGCAUCCAAAGCCGAAGGAGGAACCUUUGCACAGAGAAGUUCUUGAAAACGAAGCGCCUAUAGAUACAAAUCUCAUACAAUUUGAUACAAACGACGAUGACAUCGUUUUCGAGGACUUUGCCCGUCAGAGGCUGAAGGGCAUGAAGGACGACAAGGAAGAGGAGGACGAAGGGACAAACUCUCCUCCGGUCAACGACAGAUAAAGCGGGGAUUCCUUUUCCCCCUCCUCUCCGUGUAAAUCUUGUGGAUUAGGCGCCUUUAAUGUUGCUUUAAGGAGCCUAACGGAAAACCCUCCCCGACACCGGCAGUCGUUAUAAUCUUACUGCCGUUCCAUAAUUGUCACUCAGCAUCUCGCUACCUAUCCUGAGUUCCAGCUACACAAUCCUAACCGAAAUAUUAAGAACCGAGAGUGCGGUUGUGGUCAGAUCACCCAGUUCCGUAAGGAGUUCUCAUAGCACUUUUGUACUAGAGUCUUUUAUGCAUUUUGUAUAAUUACAGUAGUAUAAUACAAGUAUUUGUUACAGAACAGUAAGUCACCGUAUUAAAAAAAAAAACAACAGCCAUUGAAGGGUUAAUGAAAUCAGAAUGAAAUGAGUUUUGUAAACUAACUGGAAAUGAGGAUGAGGCCAGUUUGUCUAUUAGAGAGAUCACGACGCAGAACGAGCAAGGAGCGUUUAUGACGAAUCUCUUGGAUAUAGAUCUAAAAAAAGUUGCUGCUAUGGCAACAAAAACUUGGUUUUAUUUAAAAAAAAAAAUUUAGCAGGUGGUUUGUUAACAAAAAACAAACAAA